AUGGUAGAAGUACGAUUGAUGAUAGGUUUUCCGUCCAAGUUUGUACGUUUAAUCAAGAAACUACACGAAAAUGUACAUGCACGUCUCAUCGUUGAUGGGUCACUAACUGAUCCCUUCGAAUACAACAGCGGCGUAAAGCAGGGUGGUAAGUUAGCUCCGACACUAUGGAAUAUACGCUGCACAAUUACUUCUCUUGCUUAUAAAACCAUUGGUCAUUCGUACAGCAUUAAAAUACGAUUUCGGUUUGAUGGUGACUUGUUCGAUCUAAAGAGACUUAAAACCAAAUCAAAAUGCUAUCUUGACUUUAUCAGGGAAGCACAAUAUGCAGAUGAUAUAGCUAUUUUCAGCAAUUCAUCCUUUGAACUUAUUAACGUCAAGCGAUUCAAGUAUCUCUGCAGUUUUGUAUCCAGAGACUGCUCGAUGAAAGGUGAACUGACUGUUCGUUUUCAGGCGGUCUCAUCUGCAUAUGGUCGUUUGCGAAAUAGAGUUUUUGAUUCGCAUGAUCUUACUACCUCUACAAAAAUCAAAGUGUGGAAGCAAUGUUUAUUGUCUUUGCUUCUCUAUGGCAAUGAGACUUGGACACUGUAUCACAAAAACAUCAAUCAAUUGCGUACUGUACAACAGCGUCACCUAAGAAGAAUAUUGAAAAUCAAAUGGUAUGAUUAUGUUAGCAAUGAGGAUGUUCUACUUAGUGCUGACUUUGAAGACAUCGAACUGAUGCUCUUGAGAAACCGGCUACGAUGGCUCGGCCACGUAUCAAGAAGUGGAAGGAACACGUGCUAUUGGUCGACCAAAAUUAAGGUACAAAGACACGUGCAAAAGUAUUUUGAAAGAUGGGUUGGUUUUGAAUGA